AUGCCUCCUCGUCCUCCACUUCCCCGGUUGACGCUCUAUACAGGCGGCAAGGAGUGCUCCUUGUGCGAGGUGGCCAAGCUGGAGCUCGCCAAAGUCCGUCAGGUCCGCCCGUUCGACCUCGAGCUGUUCAAUAUCCGUUCGCCACCUGCGGACGUUGAUGCGAAGGAGGCGAAGCGCUGGAGACGUCUGUACCAAUACGACAUCCCCGUCCUCCACCUCGAAGGCGCCCGAGUCCAGAAACAUCGCAUCAACGCCCCCGCCCUCAUCGCCGCUCUGGACCAAUGGCAAGCGCAGGCCCAGGCGGACUCCUCACUCCCUCCCCAAGCCAACCGAGCCGAUUCGCCCCCUACCGAUCGAUCAUAA